GCAUCACUCCCCUGAACACCAGGAUCGUUGGAGGUGAAGACGCUCCACCUGGAAGUUGGCCCUGGCAGGUUAGUCUGCAGAGAUUUGGCGGCCAUGUUUGUGGUGGUUCCCUCGUCAACAGAGAGUGGGUGAUGUCUGCUGCUCACUGCUUCUCCAGCACAAGUACAUCUGGAUGGCGUAUUUCUCUGGGCCGUCAGAACCUGCAGGGCAACAACCCAAACGAAGUGUCCAGAACUGUUUCCACAAUCAUUUUGCAUCCAAACUACGACAGCGACACCAGCGACAACGACAUUGCUCUGCUCAGACUGUCCUCACCAGUCACAUUCACAGACUACAUCAGACCUGUGUGUCUGGCAGCCGGCGACAGUGUGUUCAACAACGGGACCGAUAGCUGGGUCACUGGCUGGGGAGCAGUGAAGGAGGGAGUGUCAUUACCGUUCCCUGAAACUCUCCAGGAAGUGGAGGUUCCAGUUGUGGGAAACAGACAAUGCAACUGUCUCAAUGGAGUGGGUACAGUCACAGACAACAUGAUCUGUGCUGGUGUUCUGGCAGGAGGCAAAGACUCAUGUCAGGGUGACUCAGGAGGUCCAAUGGUGAGCAAACAGGGCAACAUCUGGAUCCAGUCUGGAAUUGUCAGUUUUGGUUUUGGCUGUGCUCGGCCCAAUCUGCCAGGAGUCUACGCCAGAGUGUCCAGUUACCAGUCCUGGAUCAACUCCCACAUCAGCUCUGAUAAGCCGGGCUUCGUCCAGUUCACCUCCAGUGGGCUGGAUGCUGACAGCGGCUUCACCUGUCCUGGUCUGCCACCUCCUGUCAUUGCUACUGCUACUACCGGUCCUGCAGAACCUGAUGCAACUACAGCUCCAGUAUCCACUGCUUCAAGUGCUGAAUUGUGUGGCAUCACUCCGCUGAACACCAGGAUCGUUGGAGGUGAAGACGCUCCACCUGGAAGUUGGCCCUGGCAGGUUAGUCUGCAGAGAUUUGGCGGCCAUGUUUGUGGUGGUUCCCUCGUCAACAGAGAGUGGGUGAUGUCUGCUGCUCACUGCUUCUCCAGCACAAGUACAUCUGGAUGGCGUAUUUCUCUGGGCCGUCAGAACCUGCAGGGCAACAACCCAAACGAAGUGUCCAGAACUGUUUCCACAAUCAUUUUGCAUCCAAACUACGUCAGUGACACCAGCGACAACGACAUUGCUCUGCUCAGACUGUCCUCACCAGUCACAUUCACAGACUACAUCAGACCUGUGUGUCUGGCAGCCGGCGACAGUGUGUUCAACAACGGGACCGAUAGCUGGGUCACUGGCUGGGGAGCAGUGAAGGAGGGAGUGUCAUUACCGUUCCCUGAAACUCUCCAGGAAGUGGAGGUUCCAGUUGUGGGAAACAGACAAUGCAACUGUCUCAAUGGAGUGGGUACAGUCACAGACAACAUGAUCUGUGCUGGUGUUCUGGCAGGAGGCAAAGACUCAUGUCAGGGUGACUCAGGAGGUCCAAUGGUGAGCAAACAGGGCAACAUCUGGAUCCAGUCUGGAAUUGUCAGUUUUGGUUUUGGCUGUGCUCGGCCCAAUCUGCCAGGAGUCUACGCCAGAGUGUCCAGUUACCAGUCCUGGAUCAACUCCCACAUCAGCUCUGAUAAGCCGGGCUUCGUCCAGUUCACCUCCAGUGGGCUGGAUGCUGACAGCGGCUUCACCUGUCCUGGUCUGCCACCUCCUGUCAUUGCUACUGCUACUACCGGUCCUGCAGAACCUGAUGCAACUACAGCUCCAGAAUCCACUGCUUCAAGUGCUGAAUUGUGUGGCAUCACUCCCCUGAACACCAGGAUCGUUGGAGGUGAAGACGCUCCACCUGGAAGUUGGCCCUGGCAGGUUAGUCUGCAGAGAUUUGGCGGCCAUGUUUGUGGUGGUUCCCUCGUCAACAGAGAGUGGGUGAUGUCUGCUGCUCACUGCUUCUCCAGCACAAGUACGUCUGGAUGGCGUAUUUCUCUGGGCCGUCAGAACCUGCAGGGCAACAACCCAAACGAAGUGUCCAGAACUGUUUCCACAAUUAUUUUGCAUCCAAACUACGACAGCGACACCAGCGACAACGACAUUGCUCUGCUCAGACUGUCCUCACCAGUCACAUUCACAGACUACAUCAGACCUGUGUGUCUGGCAGCCGGCGACAGUGUGUUCAACAACGGGACCGAUAGCUGGGUCACUGGCUGGGGAGCAGUGAAGGAGGGAGUGUCAUUACCGUUCCCUGAAACUCUCCAGGAAGUGGAGGUUCCAGUUGUGGGAAACAGACAAUGCAACUGUCUCAAUGGUGUGGGUACAGUCACAGACAACAUGAUCUGUGCUGGUGUUCUGGCAGGAGGCAAAGACUCAUGUCAGGGUGACUCAGGAGGUCCAAUGGUGAGCAAACAGGGCAACAUCUGGAUCCAGUCUGGAAUUGUCAGUUUUGGUUUUGGCUGUGCUCGGCCCAAUCUGCCAGGAGUCUACGCCAGAGUGUCCAGUUACCAGUCCUGGAUCAACUCCCACAUCAGCUCUGAUAAGCCGGGCUUUGUCCAGUUCACCUCCAGUGGGCUGGAUGCUGACAGCAGCUUCACCUGUCCUGGUCUGCCACCUCCUGUCGUUGCUACUACUACUGGUCCUGCAGAACCUGAUGCAACUACAGCUCCAGUAUCCACUGCUUCAAGUGCUGAAUUGUGUGGCAUCACUCCGCUGAACACCAGGAUCGUUGGAGGUGAAGACGCUCCACCUGGAAGUUGGCCCUGGCAGGUUAGUCUGCAGAGAUUUGGCGGCCAUGUUUGUGGUGGUUCCCUCGUCAACAGAGAGUGGGUGAUGUCUGCUGCUCACUGCUUCUCCAGCACAAGUACAUCUGGAUGGCGUAUUUCUCUGGGCCGUCAGAACCUGCAGGGCAACAACCCAAACGAAGUGUCCAGAACUGUUUCCACAAUCAUUUUGCAUCCAAACUACGACAGUGACACCAGCGACAACGACAUUGCUCUGCUCAGACUGUCCUCACCUGUCACAUUCACAGACUACAUCAGACCUGUGUGUCUGGCAGCCGGCGACAGUGUGUUCAACAACGGGACCGAUAGCUGGGUCACUGGCUGGGGAGCAGUGAAGGAGGGAGUGUCAUUACCGUUCCCUGAAACUCUCCAGGAAGUGGAGGUUCCAGUUGUGGGAAACAGACAAUGCAACUGUCUCAAUGGAGUGGGUACAGUCACAGACAACAUGAUCUGUGCUGGUGUUCUGGCAGGAGGCAAAGACUCAUGUCAGGGUGACUCAGGAGGUCCAAUGGUGAGCAAACAGGGCAACAUCUGGAUCCAAUCUGGAAUUGUCAGUUUUGGUUUUGGCUGUGCUCGGCCCAAUCUGCCAGGAGUCUACGCCAGAGUGUCCAGUUACCAGUCCUGGAUCAACUCCCACAUCAGCUCUGAUAAGCCGGGCUUUGUCCAGUUCACCUCCAGUGGGCUGGAUGCUGACAGCAGCUUCACCUGUCCUGGUCUGCCACCUCCUGUCAUUGCUACUGCUACUACCGGUCCUGCAGAACCUGAUGCAACUACAGCUCCAGAAUCCACUGCUUCAAGUGCUGAAUUGUGUGGCAUCACUCCCCUGAACACCAGGAUCGUUGGAGGUGAAGACGCUCCACCUGGAAGUUGGCCCUGGCAGGUUAGUCUGCAGAGAUUUGGCGGCCAUGUUUGUGGUGGUUCCCUCGUCAACAGAGAGUGGGUGAUGUCUGCUGCUCACUGCUUCUCCAGCACAAGUACAUCUGGAUGGCGUAUUUCUCUGGGCCGUCAGAACCUGCAGGGCAACAACCCAAACGAAGUGUCCAGAACUGUUUCCACAAUCAUUUUGCAUCCAAACUACGACAGUGACACCAGCGACAACGACAUUGCUCUGCUCAGACUGUCCUCACCAGUCACAUUCACAGACUACAUCAGACCUGUGUGUCUGGCAGCCGGCGACAGUGUGUUCAACAACGGGACCGAUAGCUGGGUCACUGGCUGGGGAGCAGUGAAGGAGGGAGUGUCAUUACCGUUCCCUGAAACUCUCCAGGAAGUGGAGGUUCCAGUUGUGGGAAACAGACAAUGCAACUGUCUCAAUGGAGUGGGUACAGUCACAGACAACAUGAUCUGUGCUGGUGUUCUGGCAGGAGGCAAAGACUCAUGUCAGGGUGACUCAGGAGGUCCAAUGGUGAGCAAACAGGGCAACAUCUGGAUCCAGUCUGGAAUUGUCAGUUUUGGUUUUGGCUGUGCUCGGCCCAAUCUGCCAGGAGUCUACGCCAGAGUGUCCAGUUACCAGUCCUGGAUCAACUCCCACAUCAGCUCUGAUAAGCCGGGCUUCGUCCAGUUCACCUCCAGUGGGCUGGAUGCUGACAGCAGCUUCACCUGUCCUGGUCUGCCACCUCCUGUCGUUGCUACUACUACUGGUCCUGCAGAACCUGAUGCAACUACAGCUCCAGUAUCCACUGCUUCAAGUGCUGAAUUGUGCGGCAUCACUCCCCUGAACACCAGGAUCGUUGGAGGUGAAGACGCUCCACCUGGAAGUUGGCCCUGGCAGGUUAGUCUGCAGAGAUUUGGCGGCCAUGUUUGUGGUGGUUCCCUCGUCAACAAAGAGUGGGUGAUGUCUGCUGCUCACUGCUUCUCCAGCACAAGUACAUUCCGAUGGCGGAUUUCUCUGGGCCGUCAGAACCUGCAGGGCAACAACCCAAACGAAGUGUCCAGAACUGUGUCCGCAAUUAUUUUGCAUCCAAACUACGACAGCGACACCAGCGACAACGACAUUGCUCUGCUCAGACUGUCCUCACCAGUCACAUUCACAGACUACAUCAGACCUGUGUGUCUGGCAGCCGGCGACAGUGUGUUCAACAACGGGACCGAUAGCUGGGUCACUGGCUGGGGAGCAGUGAAGGAGGGAGUGUCAUUACCGUUCCCUGAAACUCUCCAGGAAGUGGAGGUUCCAGUUGUGGGAAACAGACAAUGCAACUGUCUCAAUGGAGUGGGUACAGUCACAGACAACAUGAUCUGUGCUGGUGUUCUGGCAGGAGGCAAAGACUCAUGUCAGGGUGACUCAGGAGGUCCAAUGGUGAGCAAACAGGGCAACAUCUGGAUCCAGUCUGGAAUUGUCAGUUUUGGUUUUGGCUGUGCUCGGCCCAAUCUGCCAGGAGUCUAUGCCAGAGUGUCCAGUUACCAGUCCUGGAUCAACUCCCACAUCAGCUCUGAUAAGCCGGGCUUCGUCCAGUUCACCUCCAGUGGGCUGGAUGCUGACAGCAGCUUCACCUGUCCUGGUCUGCCUACUUCCCCAACAAUUUCACCAACAACAAGACCAAGUCCUCCUACCCCAACUCUAACCAGUCCUGCAAGACCCGUGUGUGGUAAAGCUCCAAUGAACAGUCGUGUUGUUGGCGACAGCGGUGUUGUACCUGGAGGAAUGUGGCCCUGGAUGGUCCGUCUCCACAAAAAUGGUGUCUUCACUUGUGGAGGAACCCUCAUCACAAAAAAGUUUGUCCUCACAUCCGCCCGAUGCUUCUCGAGCCCCAAUCCAGAUGUCAGUGAGUGGACUGUGUUUGUGGGCCACCGAAGUGUCAACAGCGUUGAAGAUUUCGAGAUGUCUGUGGGUGUUGCGAAAAUUAUAGUGAGCCAACUGACCAGUUUCAAUAUUGCACUUGUGCGGCUGGUUAAGCCCAUCAGCUACCAAGAUUAUAUCCAGCCUGUGUGUAUGGAUGUUAGCAAUUCCAGAUCCUUCCCCAUUGGAACUCGAUGCUGGGUGGCAGGCUGGGAUCAGGCAAGCGCAGCUGACUCAAGUCUACGUGACCUUGAAACUGAAGUGGCAAGUUGUGGGAAUAUUUCUGAUACGGAGAACAUUUGCACUUACACCAUGGACCUUCAACAGGGUGAUCAGGGCAGCCCUCUGCUGUGCAAGUCAGACUCAUCUUGGUUCCAGGUGGCCGUUGUAACAAUGAGUGGAAGUAAAUCAGGCCGUGCUGACAUUCAGGUCUUCACCAAAACGUCAACUUUCGGGUCCUUCUUAAAGGAAACUGUUGGUGACAUGCCAUCUCCUUCAACAACUGCAACAGGAAAUGUGCCACGUUUCGCAAUUUCCUUAUUCCUCCUUUUCACUGUACCCAUUACCUCAAUGUUCCUGUUAUAAGGAUGUUCGGUCUAUUGUCAGCAGUGUGGCUGAAGUAGUUCAUUACUGCACUUAACUUCUCAGGUUCUGCAAAUGCACUUAAAAUACUCAGGUCAAACUGAUAAAAACGUUGCUUCAUGAGGCAUUUUAAUUUUUAAAAACAAACUGAAUUUUACUGUUGUACGAUGAUUUUUUUCAUAGAAAUGAAUUGUGCGUUGAAAUGUCUUUUUCAAAAUGUCAUUCAUGGAAUCCAGUUAAAUGAAGAACAACAUUUUGUUAUUUAUUCUUGUGUUCCCAUAAACCUCUGUUGUCUUUCCACUUAAGAAUAUGAUGAUGGGUCUUGUAUGAAGUUUAAUCUCCUUAAACUGUAAGACAAAUGAAAUGUAAUUUUAAUCACUUGUAUAUAAUAAAUAUUGAUGAAGCAUAAAAUAAAUGUCCCAUCAAUCAAUUCAAAAUACUUAGAUCAAUAUUGCACAUUUUACAAUUUAUUCCUAAACAAAGCAAUUCAAGUUGUCAAUAAAAGUUGUAUCAGUUAUUUUUAGCAAGUGCACAUAAAACAUAGCAUUUCAGCAGUUUCACAGGACAAUAUGUGAUGAAAACCAGAAUCCAGCUGAUCACACUGA